CAGCCAAAGAACUUGAAACCCUAAACUCUUCGAUUCUCUGUCUCUCCCAUAGAUCUCGACUUCGAAACUCACCAUGUCGCCGAAGCGUCCCAAUCCGAUGGAAGAUCCACCCACCGCAUCAUCAAGCGAAGAAGAGGAGGAAGUUUCCAUGGACGAAGACGAAGAAGAGGAUGAAACGCACAAGGAGAAAUCUUCCUCGGAUGAGGAAGCCGACGACGGCGACGAUCGCGAGGUUUCCGUCAAGAACCCUCUCUCUGCUUCUGCGAAGCCGGGAUCUGCAUCUGCUGUUACCAUCGCGGUUCCUGGUAAAACCGUUGCUCCUCCGAAGCAAGCUUCAGAUUCGGAUUCUGGGUCGGAGACAGAAACCGAUUCGGAUUCCGACACCGAUAGAAGGGAACGUGUCGCGGUGAAGCCCGUGGAGCAGAAUCCCGAAUCUGUGAAAGCUAAGCCGUCGGAUGCUUUGGCUUCGUCGGCGAAAUCAGCGGUGAAACGUCCGAGCAAGACGGCUCGGCCACCGAAUGAUGUGAAGCGGGUGAGGAAGGAAGGAGGGACACCUGGAGAAGACACGAAGAAGACGUAUUUUCAGCGUCUGUGGAGCGAGGACGACGAAAUCGCUGUGUUGAAAGGUAUAAUCGAUUUCAAAUCGGAUACAGGAGUGAGUCCGUUUGAUGAUAUUAACGGGUUUUACGAAUUGGCGAAGAAGUCGAUUAGCUUUGAUGUGAGUAAGGUUCAGUUCAUGGACAAGAUUAGGAGCUUGAGGAAGAAGUAUGUGAAUAAUCUCGGUAAAGGAAAGAAUGGGGAGGAUCCUAGUUUCGUCAAAGCUCAUGAACGGAAGGCAUUCGAGUUGUCGAAGGCUAUUUGGGGCCCUGAAGGAAUGGCGAAUGAAUCUGCUAUGAAAUCGAAUGGCAAAUCAAAAAAGAGUCAAAAGGGGAAGAUGAAAUCGCUCGAGUCGUUGAAGCAAGAGCUGUUUCCUUCGCACAAUGGGAAAAGGGAAGAACUUGAUGCAGAAGAGAUAGCUUCUCGUCUUGUGAGCAGAAGCAACGGGUUUGAGACGAUGCUUGUUAAAGCCAUGGCUGGUUUUGGUGUGGAUGAGCUUGCGGUUAAGCAAGGAUGGGCAAUGGUUUCCUCCGAGGAUAAGAAAAGAAUCGAGGAGAAGUGGAAUGCCUUACGGGCUGCUGAGAUUGAAUUUCUUGUGGAGAAGAGUGAAUUCAUCCAUGAGGCAUCGAAGCUGAUUGCUGAAACUCUUGGUUCUAGUAGUAAGAUAUGAGUUGCAUCUCUAUCUUUUCUCGUUGCUGUGUUCUUCUAUCUAGGAUCUGGGAUUAUGGUUUGGUUUCGGUUUUUGUUUUCUUAUUUUCAGCUUAGCAUUUGGUUUUUGUUAGCCACAACUAAAGCAUCCAUAUAUGGAAUGGAAGUAAAUUUCAUCAA